AGCAAUUAUCUCUCCUCCUUGUCCGGAUUCCGUCUUCUGCGUACGCCUCUAGUAUCGCGGCAACACGUGCGCGGCGUAUAUAUAUAAAAUACAUAUUCGCCUUUUUACCAUCAUAACAUUACAGCUCUCCUUUUGUUCUUGCGUUCUUCUUGGGUUUCUUUCAGUCUUCUUUUCAUUCACUGCGAGACAGCGACAUAUACCCACACAGCACACGCACAUAACCAAGCUCUUCAUCGCCGCACGAGGUGCGCAUCAUGUCUGCCGUCACCACGACCCAGGCCUUUAGCCUCCGCACCCGACAGCCGAUCGCGGAUGAGGAGGCGCUGCUGACGGAGGAGGACCGCAUCUUGAAGGAGGCAACGAAGGGCGAGGACUGCACGACGCGGCGACGUGCCUGCAAGAACUGUGUCUGCGGCCGCGCGGAGCUCGAGCGGAAGCUGGAGGCGGAAGGGAAGCUGCCGCCUGAGGGGGUGCAGAUGCCUGCGGGUGGGUGUGGUAACUGCGCCAAGGGCGACGCCUUCCGCUGCGCGAACUGCCCUUUCCUCGGUCAGCCGGCCUUUGACAACACCAGCGAUGGCAAGGUGAAGCUGAACCUGACGGAUGACAUUUAA